UUGCAUUAUAUAAACUUCCACACUCUCCCCUCACUCCAAUUUCUCACCUUAUAUUGCCCCAAAAUCUCUUCACCAACCCUUCAAUACACUUCUCAUUCAAAACAUACAAAUAUUUACCAUUUUUUUGUUUACAUUCAUCGUCAUAGUAUAGGUUGGGAGUGAUGCCAGACAAGAGUGGAAACAUGGAGAUUCACGAAAACCAACAAGAUUCAUGGUCGGAGACGGAGAGCAUCGGAAGCCGAGGCAUGCAAGUGGGCUUCAGUGGGCCUCUCAGCGGGCCUUUGAGCGGGCCUUUAGUUACCACCAGCCACAAGAGGAACGGCAGCAAGAACAAGAGCGCCAGGUUUAAGGACGACGACGAGAUGGUGGAGAUAACGCUCGACGUCCGCGACGACGCCGUUUCCGUCCAGAACAUCCGCGGCGGUGACUCCGAGACCGCCUUCCUCGCCAGCCGCCUCGAGAUGAGGCCCUCCUCCUUCUCCGGCCGCCUCAGACAGGUGUCACGCGAACUCAAACGCAUGACCUCUAACAAGGCCUUCGAUAAAGUUGACCGUAGCAAAUCCGGUGCUGCUCGCGCCCUGCGCGGUCUCAAGUUCAUGACCAAAAGCGCUGCAGGUGCAGAAGGUUGGUCACUGGUUGAGAAACGCUUCGAUGACUUGGCCAUUGACGCAAAAUUGCCCAAGACUCGCUUUAGCCAGUGCAUAGGGAUGACGGAGUCGAAGGAGUUUGCCGGUGAGUUAUUCGACGCAUUAGCUCGCCGCCGGGGAAUUACAUCAUCUUCCGUAACGAAGAACGAGUUGCGUGAGUUUUGGGAGCAAAUUACCGAUAACAGUUUUGAUUCACGGCUUCAGACCUUUUUCGACAUGGUGGACAAAGAUGCUGACGGACGAAUCACUGAAGAAGAAGUAAAAGAGAUUAUCACCUUAAGCGCUUCAGCUAAUAAGUUGUCAAAGUUACAAGAACGUGCAGAGGAAUAUGCUGCCCUUAUCAUGGAGGAGCUGGAUCCGGACAACUUUGGAUACAUUGAGUUGUACAACUUGGAAACGCUGCUUCUGCAAGCGCCAGCACAAUCAACCCACAUAACCACGGAUAGUAGGGUGCUGAGCCAAAUGCUGAGCCAGAGAUUAGUCCCUACGAAAGAGUACAACCCCAUCAAACGUGGAUUUAGGGCGGUGUCAUACUUCGUGCAGGACAAUUGGAAACGCCUUUGGGUCAUAGCCUUGUGGCUUUCCAUUUGCGCUGGUCUUUUCACUUGGAAGUUCAUCCAAUACAAGCACCGCGCCGUGUUCCAUGUCAUGGGCUACUGUGUCACAGUGGCUAAGGGGGGCGCAGAAACAACCAAGUUCAACAUGGCCUUGAUCUUGUUGCCUGUAUGCAGAAACACCAUCACUUGGCUCAGAAGCAGGACCAAACUAGGAGCAAUAAUUCCCUUUGAUGACAACAUCAACUUUCACAAGGUUGUAGCCUUCGGCAUUGCAAUUGGUGUAGGAUUGCAUGCGAUUUCACAUCUCACGUGCGAUUUCCCAAGGUUGUUGCAUGCCACGGACGCAGAAUACGAGCCCAUGAAGCCAUUUUUUGGGGAUGAUAGACCCAAUAACUAUUGGUGGUUUGUGAAAGGAACUGAGGGAUGGACUGGGGUGUUGAUGGUGGUGCUUAUGGCUAUAGCUUUCAUUUUGGCACAACCAUGGUUCCGAAGGAACAGGCUAAACCUCCCUAAAUCCCUCAAGAAGCUCACCGGUUUCAAUGCCUUUUGGUACUCCCACCACCUUUUUGUAAUCGUCUAUGUGCUUUUCAUCAUUCACGGAUACUUCCUAUACCUUAGCAAAAAAUGGUACAAGAAAACGACAUGGAUGUAUCUCGCCGUUCCCAUGAUACUAUACGGAUGCGAAAGGCUACUUCGCGCGUUUAGAUCUCGCCACAAAUCUGUGAGAAUUCUCAAGGUUGCUGUGUACCCAGGAAAUGUUCUAGCAUUGCAUGUGUCUAAACCACAAGGAUUUAAGUACUCUAGUGGACAGUAUAUAUAUGUUAACUGUUCAGAUGUUUCCCCAUUUGAAUGGCAUCCCUUUUCUAUUACAUCAGCUCCGGGAGAUGACUACGUGAGUGUUCACAUUCGAACUUUAGGUGAUUGGACAUCACAACUGAAAGCUGUUUUCGCCAAGGCAUGUCAACCAGCAAACGAUGGCCAAAGUGGUCUUCUACGAGCUGAUAUGCUACAAGGCAACAACAAACCAAGGAUGCCAAGGUUAUUAAUUGAUGGACCAUACGGAGCUCCGGCACAAGACUACAAAAACUAUGACGUGAUCCUUCUUGUGGGGCUUGGAAUCGGUGCCACCCCUUUGAUUAGCAUACUGAAAGACGUGCUAAACAAUAUCAAGCAAAAUCAAGACGUAGAAGAAGGAGUGGUGGAAAGUGGCGUUAAGGACAACAAGAGAAAAGCUUUUGCCACGAAGCGAGCUUAUUUCUACUGGGUUACCCGUGAGGAAGGUUCCUUUGAAUGGUUUAAAGGGGUGAUGAAUGAGGUGGCAGAGAAUGACAAGGAAGGAGUCAUUGAGCUUCACAAUUACUGCACAAGUGUAUACGAAGAAGGAGACGCUCGGUCAGCUUUGAUCACUAUGCUUCAAUCCCUUCACCAUGCCAAAAGUGGUGUGGAUAUAGUAUCGGGAACAAGGGUAAAGACGCAUUUUGCAAGACCAAACUGGCGCAAUGUCUUUAAACAUACAGCCCUCAAACACCCUGACAAAAGAGUUGGUGUUUUUUACUGUGGGGCGCAUGGAUUGGUUGGGGAACUGAAAAGGCUUUCUCUGGACUUUUCCAGGAAAACCAGCACCAAGUUCGAUUUUCACAAAGAAAAUUUUUAGAUUCUUUUCAGUUAUGUUGAUAUUGUUUUUUGGUAAAUGUAUUCAUAUAUAGAUUAUAGUUGGAUUAUUUUUUGUUGUAGAGGUGGUAUAUAGCUAGCUGCAUUUGAUACAUGGAAUUUACAUGUAUCUAGAAGUUGUAUUUUCUUUUUAAGUAGUGUGUAGUCCUGAUAUGUUGGUCUUUCAUACUAUCACUUCAAAUGGUUACUGUAAUUGUUUUGUAAUAUAAGCCAAACUUCUUAGUUUA